UGCCAGUCAGUCGUCGUCCCUGUCCGCAAGAAUCCAUACUCUGUUUUUGUGAAUUUGUAAAACUGAUAAGACCGAUUAAACAGUAGUGAAUAAAUUUGAUUAAUUCUAUACAGCUUAAAGUAUGGGCAAACUGGAACUGCUGCAGUGCCUCACCGGUCACCGGGGGCGAGUUUGGGGUGCCGGCUGGCAUCCGAAGGGAAAUGUGUUGGCCACUUGCGGUGAAGACAAAACCAUCCGAAUCUGGGCAGAGGAUGCUAGCCAAAGAUGGGUGGCCAAAACGGUGCUAUCCGACGGUCAUACUCGAACUAUCCGCGAUGUGGCGUGGUCUCCAUGCGGGCAAUAUCUGGCGUCGGCCAGUUUCGAUGCCACCGUUGCCAUCUGGGACAAAAAAUCAGGUGAAUUCGAGUGUAACGCAACCCUGGAGGGUCACGAAAACGAGGUCAAAAGCGUGGCGUGGUCCAAAUCUGGCUCGUUGCUUGCAACAUGCAGCAGAGACAAAUCCGUUUGGGUUUGGGAGAUAGCCCAGGAGGACGAAUACGAAUGUGCAGCUGUUUUGAACACCCACACGCAGGAUGUGAAAAAGGUCGAGUGGCAUCCUCACGAUGACAUCCUCGCUUCGGCCAGUUACGAUAACACGAUCAAGUUGUACAAGGAGGACAUGGCCGAUAGCGACUGGAGCAGUUUUGACACGCUUGUGUCGCACGAAUCGACCGUUUGGAGUAUUUCGUUUGAUGGGAGCGGCAGGAGAUUGGCGUCGUGUAGUGAUGACCAAACGGUAAAGAUAUGGCAGGAAUAUAAACCGGGAAACGAAUUUGGCGUCAGCUGUCCGGAUAACACACCGGUGUGGAAGUGCGUUUGCACACUGUCUGGAUAUCACAGCCGCAGCGUGUACGAUAUCAGCUGGUGUAAGCAGAGUGGCCUAUUGGCUACGGCCUGUGGAGACGACAUGAUACGGAUAUUCAAAGAAGUUGAAGGUUCCUCAGUUAACGAGCCGACGUUCGAACUGGUCGGUUCGAAGCACGCCCAUACCCAGGAUGUGAAUACUGUUGAAUGGAAUCCGACUGUGGGCGGAUUGUUGGUCACCACUAGCGACGACGGGGAGGUGAAGUUAUGGAAGUAUGAAGCGGAGGAGUAAUUUAUGGAUUAACGAAGUGUGGGGACACAUAAGCAUAAUACAUACAUGGGGUUAUGGUUAAUGAACAGAUUAAAAACUAAAAA